AUGCUGGCCUCACUAAAACCUCUUGCUCUCCGGGCUGCGCGUUCUGUGCCUGUCCAGAUUCGUGCUCUGGCAACCCACGCUACACCCCUACCAUCCGUACCCGCAAGCUCGCAGCUUGGACAGGUUUCUGCCCUUCUGGCAGAGAAGAAUGAGAAUGGACCAUUGCGUCAACAUUUGAACAUACAGAUUAAUCCAAACCAUGGGCUGUAUGGGUUCUUUCGGAGGAAGGAGGACAAGGGCGCAGUCUCAUACGAGACGCUUGAGACCGCAGAUGUGACAAAAGACCAGAGUGGCCGUUCCUGGAAUGCUGCAGAACUCCGCCGCAAAAGCUUCAAGGACCUGCAUACUCUCUGGUAUGUUCUCCUGCGGGAACGAAAUCUACUCGCCACGCAGAUCGAGGAAGCGCGACGGCUUGGUGUCCACCCAAAUUUCUUGUCUGUGCAUGGCAGAAUGUUGAAGUGUCGCAAGAGCAUGGCUCGGAUAAAGUAUGUCAUUAAUGAGCGGCGACUUGCGUACGAGAGGGCCAUGAAGGCAUACGAAGAACAACGUGACGCAGAUAUGGCCGAGGAGCAGGCACAGAUCGAAGCCGGAAAGCAGGAGCUAGCGGCUCAACAGCAAGCGGAAGCGAAGGCGAGGGAGGCACAGCUCAGGAAGGACGCGGGAGAAGCGCAGACCGCUGCACGACUGGCCGGUGCAGGUCUGUUCGAGACCGUGCAGCAGGGCGAGGGGCAGGCGAAGAGCUAA